AUGCAAUCGCGAAUCAAUAUCUCGCUAUCUCAAUACCUCUUCUCCCGCCUAAAAGAAAUUGGUAUCCGAUCCGUUCAUGGUGUACCAGGUUCUGAUUGUCCUCACAUCCUCGCCGGAGAAGAAUUAAUGUCUGAUACCCACUUAGGAGACUACAAUCUGGCGUCUCUUGACUACGUAGCCAAAGCUGGGCUGCGCUGGAUUGGCAAUUGCAAUGAGCUCAACGCCGGAUAUGCGGCUGACGGAUACGCUCGCAUUCAUGGAAUUUCCGCCCUGAUGACAGUUGCAGGAGUCGGGGAACUAUCAGCCUUAAAUGCCAUUGCAGGAGCAUUCGCUGAGUACGUCCCCAUUGUGCACAUUUUGGGACAGCCAAGCCUCGCAUCACAGCGACAGAAGAUGUUACUACAUCACUCAUUGGGCGAUGGGAAUUUCGCGGACCUGGCGCGAAUGUCGGAGAGAGUGACAGCUACGAGCGUGCAAAUAAACUGCGGGAAACAAGCCCCUCGGUUGAUUGACGAUGCAAUCGCUCACUGCUGGAAAUCUAGCAGACCGGUCUCAAUCAUUCUCCCUACCGACAUGGUUCAUGUUCCAGUUCUGGCUGAGAACCUUGCACGACCGCUCGACUUAUCUGCCCCCUUGAACGAUAAAGCACUUGAAGCCCACGCGGCUGACGCAAUUUUUGAAGCUUUACGGAAGGCAAAAAGCCCGCUUCUUUUGGUCGGAGGCUAUAAUGUACGCUUCACGAAGCGACGGGAGGUAAGGCUGCUAGCUGAAAAGCUGGGACUACCUAUUUACCUAUCCGCAUCUGGACGUGGCAUAAUAGACGAGCAAGAUUUCAACUUCAAUGGACUCUACUUUGGAGACUGCUCUGAUUCAGAAGUGAUGCAGAAAAUCCGGUCUUCGGAUUUAAUCAUCUCUAUUGGCAACAUUCACUCUGACUUGAACGUUGCAUCUUGUUCAUGGAGCUUUGAUCUUUCGAAGAUGGUUGAACUUCGGGACGAGAUGAUUCACGUACAGGGCAAAGCGUACCCAGGUUUGAAUAGUACGAGUCUUUUGCAGGCCAUCAUCCGCUGUUCAGUCGAUCCGGUUCCGAAGAAAAGACGCCUGAGUCCGGCCUUGCCUUUGUCAAAUCUUGCUCUGGAAAUGGCAAAUGAACGGAUGCCUUUCAUAUCAAAAGCGGCCAUGAGCCAGGAGCCGGCACGGGGAGACAGACUGAGAAAGGGCGUACGAAUGUCGCAUACGAUGAGCUACAAAGAGGGAACGAACACCAUGCGCCAUGAUUGGUUGUGGCCUAUGUUGAGCGACUGGCUACGCCCCGGAGACACUAUUAUAGCUGAGACCGGUGUCAACUUUAUCAGCCAGUAUGUAUGGGCCAGCAUCGGGUACUCCCUAGGGGCCUGCCAGGGAGCUGCUGCCGCUGUUCAGGACUCAAGCCAACCCGAUCGGCGGACAAUCCUCUUCAUUGGGGACGGGAGCUUUCAAUUCACCUGUCAAGAAUUGAGCACGAUUAUUAGAUAUAAGCUGGCGCCUAUUAUUUUUGUUAUCUGCAACAAAGGAUACACGGUCGAGCGGCUAAUUCAUGGCUGGAAUGAACCUUACAAUGACAUUCAGGAAUGGCAGUACCGAAAACUGCUGGAGGCCUUCGGCGCAGAUCGUGGAUCAUAUCAGACUCAUCAAAUUUGGACGAGAGCCGAGCUCACUGCUCUUCUGCAGGAUCCAUCUUUCAGUGAAAGCCAGACUCUCAGAUUUGUUGAACUACACAUGGAUAGGGAUGAUGCGCCGUCUAACCUCACGACACUUACUCAGCAGCUUGUGGCGCGGGAUUCGCAAACCCGAAGCUGA